AUGACAAAAUCCUUUGAUGAAAAGCUUGAGGAACUCCACAAGAAAAAGAACCUCGAUCUUCGCAAAGAUAUCUGGAGAGAAGGCUCCGAAGAAUUCAACCACAAACUCUGUAUUGCAGAGGAUUUAUUGCAAGUAACUUGGCUUUCAGAUCGUCAUCAUCAUUUGGAUCACAACCUCCAUGCUGCAAUACAAAAAGUAUCUGUGAUAACCGACUUUCGAAAUUUCAUAGAACAAUUGUUCUGCCUCAUUGACAAUCUCAAACAGGACAAUGAAGCCAUUUCCACACAUUAUCGUUUGGUCAUUGAAAAAUUUGGGCAUGUUGUCGAUGUUUUCAACUUGAUAGAUUUGAGUGCAGCUUUUCAACUUUUAUCCGAUUGCUUACACCCAACCAAAAUGCAUUCUUUGGGAGAGGAAAUGUUUCAUACCAAUAACACCAAAUACCACAAACUAUUACAACUACCUACUCUCUACGGCUUCAAAAUUAAUGACAAUUUGAUAAAAAACUCGAGAUAUCUCAGCAAGGAAGUAGCAAACUUACUGCAGGGCACUAUUUCACCUGAUAAUUUUUCCGGAUUAGAAUUAAAGAAUGAGAAAGACGUUCCUUUCAAUCGUCUAAAGUUUGGGCAUGAGGACAAGGUAGACUUCGAGACUGCUCACCCUGAUUUCUUGAAGGUAGUGGCUCUAAUAAGAAUGGUUCAUGGCACCUUACUUAAAAACAUAAAGCCCUCUGAAAAACAUGCAAUCCAAAUCGACAAACUGGUUACUUAUGGAUUACUGACAGAGAAGAGGUUUAUUCGUGUGCUGGGAAUUAAAGCUUUUGUUCCACAAACUUCACGUAUCAAGAAAAGAUACAAAUAUCAAUUAUUUAAUGUUGGGAUGUUUCCACUUGACCCUUCAACGACAGAGGAGAAACAAUUACUUGACACAUUUAUUUCAUUCUUACUAGAGGCAAGUAGACAAGCUAAUUUUGAAGAGAACAUUCUUAUCGACACAAUUACCAAAGAGUCUAUGGGAAGAAAGAGAAUGGAAAGUUCUAUUGAAAGUGGAUCUGAUAUUUCACAGGGUGAUAAGUUGGUGAUUCAUCUCACGACAUCAUUAGACACAGUGCUUACAACAACUAUCACACUUCAGGAGUAUCUUUUCGAGAUAAGUACUGGUCAAGGAAGAGGUACUGCUACCAAAGACAUGUUCUAUGGUGUGCUUGAUCAUUCCUCUCAACCAGUGUUUGUAAAGAUUUUCCUUUCGGAAAAACCAGAAUGGAUUGAUAUUGGAAAUAUAUUUCUUCUUCAUGACAGAGUAACUGUGAAUGAUGUAGUUUGUAAAGAACAUAUCGAGAUAUCAAUUGCAGGAACCGAGCUCAAUACUGUUAACAAACGAUCACACCAAGAAAAAUUGCACAUUAUUUCUCAACUGCUGCUUGAAAUUGACCACAUUCACUCAAGAAAGAUAAUACACAAUGACAUUAAACCUAGUAAUAUUAUAAUAUUAGAAGAGGAUCAUUUAAAAUCGACAGUUAUUAAGGAAACAAAUGUCGACCAAAAAAAAGGCCCAAACGUUUUUUGUAAAUUCAUUGAUUUUGAACUAGCCAAGCGUUUUGACAUUGAAGAUGGAGAUACUUGCAAAUUCGUAAACUUGUGGAUACAGUCAACUGCUGGAACCUCUUCUUACAAUGCUCCUGAAAAGGAAUCCACAGGGAAAAACUUUAUUCAUCCAAAAACUGAUAUCUACUCUCUUGGUUUAGUUUUUAUUGAAUUGAUAUUAGAAAAUGAUAUAGAUAAGAAACGGUUGGAAAAUACUGCUGAUGAAAUAUGGCAAACAAUUUCAAUCAAAUGCCACGAGCUAGAGCCCAAUAAGGGUAGUAUGCUAUUUGACAUGCUUAAACAAAUGGUGGCCAUAGAAAGAAAGAAAAGACCUACCACAAGAGAAUGCUUGGCAUUACUUGGCAUUACAGAUAUAGUCGAUACACAAGAUUACAGAUCAUAUUUCUUUCCUUCCAUACGUGAUACUGUUUCCAAUCCAGAAAAAAAUGAAUCAAAACUAAGCACUACUGAAACGAAUAACUCAACCUAUGAAAAGAAGAGAAAGAGAACUUCCUCAUCUAAUGGUGAAAUACCAAAGAAGAAAUAA